GUUGUAUUUAGUUAACGUGCACACUUGGAAUAUUGCCCUUUCUUGUCUAGUUUUUGCGACAGGAGACGUAAAGAAAGUAAACGGAGAAAAUGCCGUUUUUUCUGUGAAUGACCUGUCCGCAGCACAUAAGUGAGGUUACCGCUAUAUUAUCAAAGGGCCUAGGCGAACCAACAUGGACAUGGUAGUCCCGUGUAGGCCUCGAAGAUCGUCACGCUCAGGAAACGAUUUUACGGUAUCCUCCAAUGAGUUAGAUAGUUUAAGAAGACAUCCAGAGAAAGAUUCAGCUCUCUGUGAAAACAAGAAGUGCCCAUUCAGGUUAUGCUAGGAGCUCACAGCAACAUUUCAGCCCAGAUGAAUUGAGACACUUUAAUUGCUAGACCAUCACAAAGAUAACUUAGUAAUUGCUUAGUAAGUGCAAAAAACAAACGAUGAGAUGAGUCAUUGUAAGUGUAAAUUCUAACAUUUCAAGGAGCUAAAGUAACAUGACAUUAAUAGCAAUUGAAGAGGGAACUUCAGCAGCAAGUGAAAGCUAUCCAGGGUUUUAUGAUAUAAUUUUACCAAAUGACAGAACGUUCACUAAAAUUUGACCUGCAAUAGCGAAAUGAAUGAUACUUUCCAUGCGUAUCUCUUCUUUUUCUCACCCUUUUCAAGUCACCUCUCAAUUUCACAAACCUAUCCCAAUAUUUUUGUGUUUUGUUCCAAGAGAUGGUAAACUUUGGAACACUUUGCCCUCUUCUUGUCUGCCAGAUUGUUUUAACAUGUUUUAACACACUUAACAUGUCAAAACUUUGAGUCAGCAAACUUGAUAUCACUCCCCUCACUUCUCACGAUUGUCCCCUUAUUCCUUUUUAGGCUUGGCUAUAGGUCACAGGGCUUUCCAAACCGUUACCAAUUAAAGUAUAAUGAAAAAAGGGCAAUUCAUUUUCAGAGAUAAAAAUAAAUGACUGUGUUCAUGUUGUAGAUAAAUAACUCCACCAUGCUUCUUUGUUUUGCUUUUAAAAUAUGCAUUUUCCAAUUUUUGUUGCCAUAUAAACAGAAAUAAUGUUCAUUUGGCAUGGGAAAUCUUUUAUAACACUGUACAGGGUUUGUAGAUUCUUUAGGAAUUUCAAACCAAAUCAAUGUUGGAAAAAUGCCAAAUUAAGCCAAAAUGUAAAUGCAGCACAAUCACAGUUUUCAAGCUGUAAGCAAGCCUAGAAGCGCACAUUUUCUGUUUUGUCCAUAGACUGUUUUACCCAUAUGGCUUUACCCUUAUGUACUUCUCUUCCAGGCACUGCUGAGAAGGGGGGCCUGGGGGUGGCUAUAGCCCCCCACUUUUUACCAAAAUGCAAAAGCUUUACCAAUGAAUCUCUAAUCAAGCCACCUUUUAUUCGGUAUUAGAAUAAAAUUAUAAUAAUAAUCAAGCCUACUUUGUUUGAAGCCCCCCACUUUUCUCAACGCUCCCCCGUGCCUGUUUUCCCAUGACUUAAAGGUUUUCCAUUCUUGUAAGGACACUUGGAUAUUCUUCAACAGACCAACGGAACACAUUUUCAGGAUUUCCAGAUAACUUAGAGCAAUGUGCAGGCUCGUGUUUUAGUACAUUAAAACUAAACAAUUGGGGAACAAAUGAAUAAUUAUCACAGUGCUCCCCUCCUCUUAUUGUCCCAAACCCUGCUUCAGAGGAGAACAAAGGAACAACCAAGUGAUAAUUGAACAGGGUGUAUCAAUUCCCAGAUUUUUAACAAAGUGUCAAGAACACAGAAAAAUAAUGAUUGACUGUUUCAGUGAUAAAGAUGUGAUGGCUAAAGAUAGAAGGGAGGAAACAAAAAAAACAAUACAAAUGGCCAUGUUUUUGGGAAAAUGUCAAAAUUCAGCCAAAUAAUACUUGGACCAACCAAUAAAAUCUAGGAUCGAAUACAAAAUGCUGACGUCAAAUACCCUAGGUUAUUGUUUUCAACAGAUUUAGAAAAAUUUUGUGAACAAAUGGAGGACGUAGCUAGCCGGGGAGAGUAGGGGGGCGUAACACCCCCAAUAUUUCAAGAAUUCAUCGGUAAACCUUCAGUUUGUCUACAGAAUCCUUAGUUUGUCGGUAAAAUCGUCUAUCAGUUGGUGAAGUACUACCUAAAUUCUUCUCCAUCUAUGAAAUUUUUCUUGCGGUGACCCUCCAACCCCCUAGUUUGAAAGGUCAAGCGAUGCCACUGCCAUCUGUCCUCUUUUCUAGUAACCCGUAAAUGGUAUUUGUUAUUUAGGUGCUUCUAGAUGGGAUCAGGAUGUAAUUGCUGCGUAUGCAUCUUAUGAUUUACUUUCAUAUACCUCACCUAACCCUAUUUUGAAAUUCCCUUCUUGUGUCAACUUGUAUUGAGCGUAUAUUGAAAGUAAGUGUAAAUUUCGCGCUUGUGUGGCACGUUUUUUAUGAGCGGUAUAAAAAGUAUGAGGAUGAGAGCGUUAAGUCAGCUACGUAUGUGAAGCAGGUGUCUAGGAGCCGAUCUUACAAAAAUGCUUGUCGACAGUUUCGUCGUAAAAUUGUCAAACAUGCUUGUAUCAAUAGGCGUGGACGACCCCUUUUUUUUAAAUAAAAAGUCUGUUACUUGGUGGAAUGAUAACAUUGUAUUCACACAGUCCGUGAGCACAGGUGCCCUUUUGCGAAGGAAAUAUCCCCGUCUGAGGAAAUCCUGGUUAACAAACAAUCCUGUCUUAAGUCUAGGAUGAAGAUAACGUGCUGCAGACUACACCAAAGAAAACCUUCCCAAAGAACUUCAAGUUUAUUGGAAUUUUCCUGCUUCACAGUCAGGCCCGUCGCUAGCAAUGGUACUCAAGCGUGGUUUCAAGGGCCCAUUUGCUGAUAAAGUGAAUGAGCCAUCCUUUACUUACCGAUAAGUCUGAAAAAUUUUCCGACUACACUCUUUUUUAAUAAGAACAAUUUUAUGAGAACACGAGCCUCAAAAUUGGUUAGAAGUUCAGAAUAAACUAAGAACAAGCUGAGGCUGAGCUACCGUAAAAUGCAAUUUUGAACAACGUUUUAUCUCUAAAAUGAGGAUUUUUAGCCAUGUCUGGGAGCUGUUUUGGUGAAUAUUUAAAAAUGGCGGCGAAUGAAAGUUGUCUCACUCACUUUGUUGGCAAAUGAGGCCUGAACACCUUCCUAGAGCCAAAAAGCUAACAAUUGCAUUGCUUAUACGCUACCAAUUUAAGAACAAAUUAAGAACAAUCCAGCUUCAGAUUUUCGAAAAAGUUAAGAACAAUCAGCCUGAAUUCAAAUUUACUGGUUCUUAUGAAUGAAAGAGUGUGAGCACCCUUAAAUGGCAGAAAACUUCUCGUUUUUGCAACGGAAUUUCUUUACGAAGGGGUGUCACACCCUCAUGCCUUCUUUAGGAACGGCCUUAUUGACAGGUUUUUAAGUGUCUGAAUUGAUCAUAAAGGUGCCAAAAUAGUCUGUCUUUAGGGGGCAAAAUUUACCUUAAGUAUCAAAAGUUUGCCCGAAUUCAUGAGAAAUGAGGCCAAGACAAUGUGUAACAGGUAUAAAGCACAAUGCCAAGCGAAAUGCAUGGGAGACUAAAAUAAUACCAUUAUCUUAUUCAUUUUCAUAUAUUGAUAAGGAAAGGGGAGGCCAUUUUUACUAAUUUGCUGUGCCUUCCGAAAUAACACUCAUCAUAUCUCGACAAAUAGCCACGACCUUCUGUUUCUGUAUCCUACGUUAAGUUGAAACCAAUGUAUCCCACAUUUCACUCAGUUUCUACUAACUUCCCAAAUAAACACCCGAAGUAUCUCACAGAUGAUGAGGCUUUUGUUCAAAAAUGGCAAUUUGCCUUCAACUGAAAAUUAUAUUUGCGUUAACUGGCAAAUUGACUGACUGCAAAUAGGAGCCCUUUUGCACCAAAUAUCGCUAACAUAUUUUUUAUUUAAUGUUGGUUUAUUCACUUUAUUUAGUGUUGGUUUACAAAAUACUAGCUAAUAAACAGCUAAUUAACACCAACUUGUAAAAAUAACAAAUAUAAUUAAGAAAAAAUCGUGAUUUUUACAAGUGUGCAUAGUCUACACGAGCAAGUAAGAUCCGUCUGUUUAAUUUUAGCUUUGAAUACUUUACAAUUUUCUGUCGAUCGAAUGUCUAACGGUAUAGAAUUCCACAAUUCAUUACAUCUAUAGGAUAUUGUAUCUAGUCCAUAAGUAACAGUGUUCGGCUCUUUUGUAUAAACGAUUGGUUUCGUAAAUUAUAUGCAAGUUCAUUCAACUGAAAUAUCUCUUUCAUGAAUACUGGAUUUAAGCUAUUUACUGUUUUGUAUAUUUCUAUUGCUAGUAGUUGUAAGUUCUUUUGAUGUAUCCUGACAUCAUUUUUUUGUGAGAGAAUAUUUUCAAAGCUCGAUUCAAAAUCAUUAUUAAUGACCGAAAUUGAACAGCACAUGUUAAACAACGCUGUAGAGGGCAAAGUACCAGUGAUCUGCUCUGGAGAAAAUUUAUCGAUGAAAUUUUCCAUAGGACCACAUCCUUUAAGUAACCUGGCACAGCAUCUUGAAUGAAAAUGAAAUCAAUAAUUAAAUUUAACUUUAGCCACAUAUUCAUAAACCAAAAUCGUGGAUGCAAUUUUUAAUCUACAAGGAAAUGUGGAAAUUUCUACCUUCCACCUCCGAAUAUCUACUGGCACAUGCAACUUCAGGCUAUGACUAUAACCCUGGACAAAAUUGUUGAGAAAAAUGCAAUUUUUGCAAUUUGCUACUUCACGUUGCCGCUGUAUAUUCGAUACCUCAUCAAUUCCCUCGAAUCAAUGUUUGCUAAGUAGUUCUGCCAUUUGUGAUUAAAAAACGUGCAUUAACGUUGAAUCGGAGGCGAGGAAAAAUUUAUUUUUCAUAGAAAAGAGAAAACAACAUUUGUCCGGGAUGGUAGUCAUCCAAAGAGUCACAAAAGCGAGGUUAUAAACAGUCUGGCUUGCUACUUAAUGGUGUCUACAUCCCUUCCUUUCCUUCUUCAAUGCAGCUGUGGAGUUUUCAAGAUUAUUAACAUUCUCAAAACCAUAUUGAAAUGAAAUAACUGCAGAAAAGUCAAUAUUUUGAUAAAUUAAGCUAUCACACAUAUGGACAUUUACCAAGUCAAAUGUUAAUUUUGCGAAGCGACUUAUAGCCCCUUCAAAAGAUAUUUCUUUUUCAAACGCAAUAGAAAUAACAAAGUCAUACGUUUGACCAUGCUAAACAAGAAAUGCGUUAAAAUGGCAAACAUAUGUCAAAUACUUUGUUGAAGACCGUCCUCAAAAAAUUACUUGACAAAAAUCUUUCAAUAUAUCUGUUAUUAUUAUUUUAAUCCUGAGCAUCUUUUUAUGAGAAUCAGGUAGCAUAUAGAAAAAGCCAUUUCUCUGAUUUAUUCCUUUUAGAAAAAAAAUUAUAAUCAAUGAAUUUUAUAUUGCUGUCAUGUAGUGAUAUUUUAUUCAAUACAUUGGAAAUUUUCAAAUGCUUUAUCUUAUGUAGAAUGUUAUGUUAGAGAAAAUGAGGUGCUCUUUGGUUCGUUUUUAAUUGCUUUAGUCGAUAAUAAAAGACUGUUUUCUAAAAUUUCAUUUGCUUUAUUCUUCGUUGAUCUGAAUAAUUUCAUUUGCAAGGCUUCUUCAGGUGCUACAAUGGGUGAUAGGAAGUCAACCACGUCCCUGUAUGCUGAUGAUCUUGCUUUACUUUUGUAAUACACCGAUAGGCUUUUAAUUUAAGAUGUGUCCCCGAAAUUACUUACGAUUGCUGUUUUCAGCUUGUUAUGCAGGUUUAUCAAACCGAUCAAGCAUUUCUUUCUACCUUAGUGUUUUAUUCCAAAAUUCUUUAUUCCAUGUUUUUAAGUCAGUCUUUAAAGAACGUCACACAAGACGGCGAACUUAAAAACAUGGAAUGUUGGAAGGCUUGCCUAAAUUUAAAAAAAUUUAAAGUCGAUGUUAAUGAAGAUGCUUGUGAGAGCUUUACGUAACGAAAGCCUGAAUAUGGCAGUUAUGCAACGGAGAAAGGAAGUUUGUUUUGAAAUGCUGUUAUAUUUUUUCAGCUUUUUCGGUAGCUGUUUGGACUGAAAAAUCAGUGAAUUGUUUCGCAACAGUUUAGAUAAGGUUGUAUGUUAAUGAAAGACUGCGUAAAAUCGACGUUUGGUGUCCUUUAAUCAAAAUAGAUAUUUCUUGUACGUAAGUGAGUGUUUCUGUGGCUAUCUGGGUCACCCCCACCAUAUUACUUUGCCAUUGUUUAUGCAAACGGAACAAUAGUUUUCCAUUAUUGUCAUUGUAACUUAUGAAAUAGCCUCGGCACAGCAGUGAGAUUCUUUUGUUCAUUCCUCCUUUCUUGUUUAUUUUUUGUGCUUUCGUUUUAUGAUCACAAGCAUGAAUUCAGAGUGUUUUCCUUUUUGUAGGAGAACUGUCGACGUGAAACAAUAAGUUGUUAAAAAAUUUAUUAAUUUUUAAGAAGAUUCUUCGACUAUUGGUGGAGAAUUGUUUGAAAAUAAACAUUAUCCACGUCUAUUUGUUUUUGUUGUAGUCAAAAUUUGUAUGAAUAAUGCCACUUGUGUCUGCAAAUAAUAUUAUCGAAACAAACCGGCUCGCGCAUGAAACCUGUCGGCUUGCGAGAAAUUUUUGGAAUCUCCGUAGUUAGGCAGAUGUCGCGAAAGAAUUUGCACGAUUUACUUGAAAAUUAUGAAUGCAUCAAGGAAGGAUUUCUGCUAAAGCAACAUGGAUCUUUUCAGCGAUGGAAACCGAGAUACUUCAGACUCUACCCAAAGCAGCUGUUUUAUGCCAAAAGCCCCAGUUCGGCGAUUUUCCAUGAAAUUGACGUUUCUGAGAUCAGUUUGGCUGAAACAAGUGUUAAUAAUGUCAACAACAGUUUCAAGGUAAUUGCAAGCCAUUGUUCCCUCGUCUUGUGUGCCGAAAAACGAAAAGAAAUGGAAGAGUGGAUCAAUGCAUUCAAGGUUGCUGCAAGUAGCAUCGCAAGAACACAUUCAGAGUUAACGGAUAGACUCUCCGGCGAACACCACUGGUAUUCUUCAACCCACAGCCGUCCAACGUUUUGCAAUGUUUGCGGAGAGUUACUGGCUGGGAUCUCUGGGAAAGGACUUUCCUGUGAAGUUUGUAGAUUCAAGGCUCACAAGCAAUGCGCUUCGAAAGCACCAAAGAACUGUAAAUGGACCACUCUCGAUUCAAUACCGCCUGAUCUGAGGCUGGCUGGAAGUAAUGAGGACCCGUUUUCGAUGCCCCAUCAGUGGUUUGAAGGCAACUUGCCACCGAAUUCUCGCUGUUGUGUCUGUGACAAUCAAUGUGGGAGUAAGCGAAGGAUACAGGACUGGACGUGUCUUUGGUGCGAUUUAGUUAUCCACAAUGGCUGUAAAUCAAAAUUUCCGAAGAAAUGCAGCUUAGGUCUGAACAAUUUAUCGACGGUCCCCCCUACUGCCCUACAACGGGCAGAGCACCUGGGGCCUGGUGUUUGGGAGGCCCUGACUCCGGCACGAGGAAGUCCUCUUCUUGUUUUUGUCAAUUCAAAAAGUGGAGAUAAUCAGGGUAUACGAUUCAUGAGAACGUUUAAGCAACUUUUGAACCCAGCUCAAGUCUUUGAUUUAAGUGUUGCUGGUCCAACUCUUGGUCUGAAUAUGUCCAAAAAUUUUGAGCAUUUUCGUAUACUGGUUUGUGGUGGUGAUGGAUCUGUUGGAUGGGUGCUGACAGAAGUUGAUAAACAGGAGCUUACAAAUAAGUGUCAGAUUGCUGUUUUACCGCUGGGCACUGGCAACGACUUGGCACGUGUACUUGGAUGGGGAAGCACCUGUUAUGACGUAGGGGUCGUCCCCCUAGUCCUGAAACAGUUGGAACGCGCAAGACCAGAAAUGCUAGACAGAUGGAGCAUUUGUGUCAAGCGUUUUCCCUCGGAUCGACAUGAGGCUGAUGGAUCAAUAACCGGAUACGAAGAUUCCAUUGGAAUGCACCUGACGAGGAUGCUAAGCUCAAACCAGUAUGAUGUGGUCUUGCAGUCGGCCAGAUUUGUAUUUGAAACUGUGAAAGACUUUGUGGCACAGGUUGGCAAUGCAUCGGCAUCUUCCAAUCCAGACGAGGCAUCCGACCCAGAAUCCAUGUCACAGAAAUGCAUGAAAUUGCAAAAUAAAAUGAGCCUCCUGCUGAAGACUCUUCAGGUCGAGUCAGAGGCUGGCAAGAAAACACAGUCCUUUUCGCAUCGUCGUAGUAGCCUGGAACAUCUUCAAGAAGAGGCUGUUCAGUAUGAUCGGAAGCUUUCUGAAUCUUUUAAAUCCCAUUCGGACUCAGAGAUUGGUGUGGAGGAAGCUUCGAUUGAAAUCACACCAAAGAGAAAAAGAAAACCGAAAAUUGAUAUUCCUAAAGAACAUUUAUGGUCGAGAGCGAAUAGUUUAAAGAAAGCCGUAAGGGAAAUAAUCACCCACACAGAGAAAGCUGUGGAUGAACAAAAUGCACAGACGACCAAACAGGUGGAAGAGGCUGUUGCUUGUCUUUCGCUGGACAAGUCCUCAGAAUCGAUGUCAUCGUACUCAAGGACGUCUAGCUCAAUGACCGACAUUGAUGAUAAAGACAGUGGCAACGAAAAGGAUAUUUCAAUAUCUCAAGGCAGAAUCGAACGGGAUCUGAAUUUACAUGGCGAAUUAAUUACAAUUGAUGAGUCCCUUGUCAAUGUAGAGCGACGGAAGAGCGCCAGUCAAGGAAGCAUAGGACUUCACACCGACCAAGCGAAGAACACCGCCAUGAUAUCGUCACCACCUGAAAGAAUGCGUAAGAAAAGUUGUCCGACGCGAUACAUGAACCCAACAUAUCGAUUUUUAAAACCGGACACUGUAAUGAAGAAACAUCAGGACAGUAACACUGUAGUUUUCCCCGGAACGGUCAUCGCGAAAUCCUUUGUCAAGGAGCAGCUUACACACAGAUUUAUAAGCAGAGUGCUUUUGGCUAAUGCCAAUGCGCUCGCAGCAGCUGCGAUGCCGGAAGUUGAGAAGGAGGAAGACUUGUCAACAUUUGAAGAAAAAUGUGUGAUGAAUAAUUACUUUGGCAUUGGUAUAGACGCAAAGAUCUGCCUUGAUUUUCACAACAAGAGGGAGGAACACCCGGAAAAAUGCAGGAGUCGAAAAAAGAAUAUGAUAUGGUAUGGCGUUCUUGGAGGCAAAGAGAUGGUUAACAGCACUUAUAAGAACUUGGAUAAAAAUGUUCAUAUCGAGUGUGAUGGACAUGCAAUCAACCUUCCCAGUCUCCAGGGCAUCGUUAUCUUGAAUAUUCCAAGCUACAUGGGAGGUGCAAAUUUCUGGGGAACUAAGAAGGAUGUCAAUGGUUUCUAUCCGCCAUCUUUUGACGAUCGGAUGCUAGAGGUUGUUGCUGUUCUACGAGCCAGCCAAAUGGGAAUGUCCAAGGUGUUUGGAGGAAUGCAACAUUGCAGAAUUGCGCAGUGCCACACAGUAAAGAUUACAAUCACAGACGAGGCUGUGCCUGUGCAAGUUGAUGGCGAGGCUUGGUUUCAGGAGCCAGGCAUAAUUCACAUUGUUCACAAAAACAGGGUGGCCAUGUUGAUUAGGGAUAGGGAAUUUGAAGAAACGUUGCGAUCUUGGAAUGAACUAAAACAGGGCAAAGAUGAUCGAAUAAACGAGCCCCUUUCUUCGGAGGAAGAAGAAUUGCUCAAGCCAUUAUCAAAUUCAUUAUUAUCACUUGUUCGCGGUAUUAAAGCUGUGUCUAUGAUAUGUUCCGAGGUGCACCAAGAGCUAUAUCAAUCAGCUGUGUCCAUGAGCAAUAUAAUUGAACAGAUUGACGUUGCACGGUCCGAGUCUUUAAACCGUGGACAUGUUUGUGACUUUGUCAAUCAAGCAAAGGCGUUUAUAAGUGAAGUCAAUGAACAGUUGUGGACCCUUAAGCCGGAACUCUCAAGCGAGAUGGAAGGAAAAAUUGUCUCUGCAUUAUCUCAUGCAGACACAGAGCUGUCAAAAUUUGUUGACCAACAAUCCUUACUGUCUGUUCGAGUAGAAGAAGAGCAAAAGAUGCAAAGAGCCACACAAUCAACUAUGAAAGAGAAAUUCAACUUAUUUUCGAAGCAAACCAAGGAUAGAUCAGAUAUAUUGAACCAGAAAAGAGUAACAGAAUGGGGCAUAUCAGAGGUAGGUAUAUGGCUUGAUUCGGUUGGUUGUGGUGAAUACAGAGAAAUAUUUAAUCAACACGACAUACGGGGACCAGAACUGAUUGCGCUGGAAAAAGUAGAUCUGCAUGAGCUUGGGAUAACUAAGAUUGGGCACGUGAAGCGAAUCCUGGAGAAAAUAAAGCAGCUAGAAAAGUCAAUGAAAUCAAGCAAGUCUUCGAAAUGGUCAAGGAAAGCAAAGUGAAGAGUAGGCAAUUGUUUCAAUGGGGUUGGUUAUUCCUUUGACUUUGUUGAUGUUGCAACCUUGCAUGUGCAAAUCAGCACCAAGAAAUGAAACGAACGUGUAGAUUACAGUUAAGUGUUGCAUGGCCAAACUUAAAAAAAUACACAAAUGAAGCUUUGCGACCUCGAAAGAAAUCUGGUGUUCUUACUGCCACUUGAGUUUCACAACCAAGGAACACUUUUAUGCCCAUGAAAUAAUGGGUAAUUGUUUGGUGUUAGCACCUUCUUUUCUGGUUUUCCCUGAAAUACAUUCAGAUGGAUUGGUUUAUAAUACUUAGUCUUCUUUUAAAUUAAAUUCAAAUUAUAUGAGGUCCAAAGGUA